CCAGGAAUUUGCCUUGGAACGCCCCUCGUAGAUUGUGGGAAGUAAACCCACCCCUGCAAUAUCCUGCCCUAGGAAGUCGCCCGCUCCACGGUCCGUACGGCACGGGCGACUAUGGCCGGAAAAGAAACAGUUCGACCCUACUUUACGACGUCGGGCGGCAGCUGCAGCGUCGGCCAGGGUACAAGCGGUGCAGCCAGUGAUCUAAACCACGGCAGAGUUCCCGAAGAGACCAGAGAAGCAGAGUGGCACCAGCGAGAGAACCUGGCUGUCAACGGAAUCCAAGUGUGCCACAUGUGUCGGUUCGGUUUCACCGACAUUGCGGCCUUCAGAAAACACGCCUAUGACCACUCGCUUGGGAAAAAACACAACUGCUCCCAGUGUGGUAAACUGUUCAUGAAGCCUUACCAGCUCACGAGUCAUUUAGGUACGCACGGCGAACCGUCCUUUGAGUGCGGCGUGUGCGGCAAAAAAUGUUAUACCAAAGAUGGCCGCAGGAGUCACAUGCGGUCAUGCCACGUAGGGGCACAGGACCGAGAAGCCAUCGAAGGGUCUCCUUAACAAGGCAGCACCCGCCACGAAAGUGGUCGAGCACGUCGUCAAGCGCUGUCGCCCCUGACGGUGGCAUCGGCAUCGGUGCGGCCGGAAGUUCGCCCGGGAGGAGUGACUUCUCUGGAUGUCACCCUGGCGCCAAGACGUGUCAUGUGCCUUGGUAGACGAACUUGCCGUUUGGGCCUCAACUGCUUUAGCUGUGCGCUAACUUUUUGACAAACAAAACCGGGCUAAUCUUAUUCCUUGUGACUACGGCUGAAGAAUGCCUGCGAAUAAAGUUCUUACAGUGGUUAUCUCGAGGAAUACUGUG